AUGGAGGUCCAGACUUGUGAAUUGCUGCGGUUGGCUUGGGCGGUGGCGGUGCUCGGGCUGCAGACGCCUGAGGACGAGCGGGAGCCUGCAGGAUUUGACAUCGCCAGCAGCGGCGUCGUCCGCGAGGGAGCGGGCCGGCGGGGGCCGCGGGUGGCGGGGCAUUGCGCGGGCGCGCGCGGCCGGGGCCUGCUGUCGGAGCUCGGCGCCGAGCUCGCGCGGCGCCGACUGGGCCCGGCGCGCGUGGCGACGGCGCUGUGGUCGCUGUCGCGUCUCGGCGGCUCGCCCGCCGCGCGGCGCGCGUUCCACCUCCUGUCGCAGCGCCUUAUGGCCGAGCCCGGCGGCGGCGGCGCCGCGCAGCUGGGGCCGGCUGCCGUUGUUAAGCUCGCGACCGCCUGCGCCCAGGCCGCGUGGGCGCCGUCGGCGCUGCUCUCGGCGCUCGCCGCGCGCGGCGCGGCGCUCGCGCCGCGGCUGCCGGCGCCGCUGCUCGCGCAGCUGGUGUGGGCGCUGGCGGCGGCGCGCGUGGCGCACCGGGGGCUGUUGGAGGCGUCGGCGCGGCGGGCGGCUGAGCUGGCGACGGCGUUUGCGGAUGAGUCAGCCGCAGGCCCCACCACCGCAAGCAGCAGCGGCGGCGGCUGCGACGGCAGCGACAGCAGCGACAGCAGCAGGAGCGACGGCAGCGACGGCAGCUGCGGCAGCAACGAGGGCUUCACCAGCAGCAGGCAACCAGAGGCGCUCCUGCUGGGCUGGUCGCAGCUCGGCUUCUGCCCGCCGCCGGCGCUCUCUCUGCGCCUCGAGGCGGUGGCGUCGGAGCUGCGGCGGCGCGAGGGUCGCGCCGUCGCGAGGGCCACGCCGCCGCCGCCGCCGGCCGGCGGCGCAGGUGGGGCAGCGGCGGGCGGGGCGCCGGCCGCGGCGGCGUCGGGGGGAGUAGAAGCGGCCGCCGCCGGGUCGCUGGGCGGCGCGGGCGCGGGCGCGGGCGCCUCGCGGCCGCGGGCGUCGGUGGCUGGUGCGGGCGGCUUGGCCGACCGCUUGGCAAUCGCGACCGCGCGGGGCCGUUUGGUGCGGCCGGCGCACCCGUCGCAGCGGCAGCAGCUGGAACCGCCACAGCAGCAGCAGCAGCAGCAGCCGCCGCAGCAGCAGCAGUUGCAGCAGUAUCAGCAGCAGCAGCAGUAG